GCCUAAAGUGUCAGAGCAGAAGUUGAAAACAAUGAAGAAUGAAGGCGUCGGUGCUGCUGCUCCUGCUCUGUGGCAUCUCAGCAGACGAUUUCCAUGAAGACUUGCACAUCGUGGGCUGUUCCGACACGGAUGGCGAGGCCGUUUACUCUCUGGACGGCGAGAUCAUGUGGUAUGCUGACUUUGCCCACCGGGCAGCGGUGGAACCUCAGCCUGACUUCAUUACACACAUGUGUUACACAAAAGAUGUUUUAGAGGGGGCACUGCUCCUAAUGGCCAACUGCAAAAUGAACCUGAACACGACCCGGAACUAUCUGAAGGAUGAGCCAUUAGUGUAUGAGGCUCCCUCGGAUGUGAUUGUCUACUCGAGAGACGAGGUGCUACUCGGAGAGAAGAACACACUUAUCUGUCACAUGACUGGCUUCUACCCGGCGCCCGUCACAGUACGCUGGGCAAGGAACGGCGAGCACACGGGCCAAGAGAGCAACACCAGCCCCCCAUUCCCCAACAAAGACGGUUCUUUUCAACAGACAUCCCGACUUGACUUCACCCCCCAAAAGGGAGAUAUUUAUAGCUGCAUCGUGGCGCACCAGGCCCUGGAGGAGCCAUAUACUCGCUUCUGGGGAGUGAAGGUGAUGACGCCAGGCAUCGGACCUGCGGUCUUUUGUGGACUUGGACUGACUGUUGGACUUCUCAGUGUGGCCACCGGAACCUUUCUCAUUGUCAAAGGGAACCAAUGCAGCUGAUUGGCUGGAGCUAAUGAUGUCCUCAAACACUGCUGACCUUUCCGCUCACAUGAAAAAACACAAAAAAAUAUCACUGACAAAGUUCUUAUUUCUUGAAUUCACUGUUGAAUAUUAAACCCUGAAUUGAAGUUAAUUGCCAACUCAAUCUUAGUAUUUCUGCGAUCAGUCCUCUCACAAAAACUGAUGACACCCGCCACCUUUCACUUGACACAAAACAAAAUCAUUCCACCAAGCUAGGAAAAUUGCAGGACAACAUAAGUGUUGGGACAAGUAAAGCGGUCAAACCCCGAAUGUAGCAAAUUAAUGAAAAUGAUGUCUUAUCUUUCUGGCAAAAUAUAUACAUUUUGACAGAAAAAUUGUCCCAUGUACAAGUGCCGUUCUUCUAUACUU